AGCAUGACGAACAACACCAUGGUGACAGAAUUCAUCUUGCUGGGCAUCCCUGAGACAACAGGCCUGGAGAAGGUCCUGCUUUUCCUGUUCUCAGCACUGUAUGCCUGUGCCCUCCUGGGAAACUUCCUCAUUCUUACUGCAGUCAUCUCUUCUCAGAGACUCCACACACCCAUGUACUUUUUCUUGGGAAACCUCUCCAUCUAUGACUUGGGUUUUUGUUCCACAACAGCUCCAAAGAUGUUGUCUUAUCUUUCAGGACAGGGUCAAGGGAUCUCUUUCCAGGGUUGUGUUGUGCAACACUUCUUCUAUCAUUGUCUGGGUUGUACUUUGUGUUUCCUGUACACAGUGAUGGCCUAUGACCGCUUUGUUGCCAUAUGCUUUCCUUUGAGAUACACAGUCAUCAUGAACCACAGAGUGUGCUGUGUCUUGGCCACAGGAACCUGGAUGAGUGGCUGUGUGCACUCCAUUAUCCUAACUACCCUCACUUUCCAGUUGCCCUAUUGUGGCCCCAGUGAGGUGGGUUAUUACUUCUGUGACAUGCCUGCGGUGUUACUGCUGGCUUGUGAGGACCCCUCUUUAGCACAGAGGGUAGGCUUUACAAAUGUUGGUCUUUUAUCUCUUAUUUGCUUUUUCCUAAUUCUUGUGUCUUAUACUCGAAUUGGGAUCUCGAUCUCAAAAAUCCAUUCAGCAGAAGGCAGACAGAAAGCAUUCUCCACCUGCAGUGCCCACCUUACUGCCAUUGUCUGUGUUUAUGGACCAGUCAUCAUCAUCUACCUACAGCCCAAUCCCAGCCCACUCUUUAGUGCAAUAAUUCAAGUUUUGAACAAUCUUGUAACACCCACACUCAACCCAAUGAUCUACAGUCUGAGGAAUAAGGAAGUGAAAGCAGCCCUCAGGCAUGUAUUUUUAAAGAGGUGUCUCAGCCUUGAAAAUAAAUGA